GUCGGACGCCACCGACACACCGACACGCGAUGAUGAUACGCCAGUUCCGAUGGAGGGGUCUUUGAGGGCGCAUCUUCCCCGAAAUGAUAGUGUUCUGCUUGGCACGUGUCCAAUCGUCUCGCCCGGAUUGCGUUUGCUGCUCGUACGGUUGUGAGAAAGUAAGCAAUACUACCUUCACCUUUCGCUUUGUGUUGCGAUAGAAGACGUUAGAAAGAGUUUAGCUUAGACAGAGUUUUGAAAAGUGUACUUUAGCUCGUUUAGUAUGCAAACAGUGAUGACUGUUAGUUUUGUUGUGUAGGUACGGUGGUGCGUGGGGCUCUUACAAUUAUGUCGCCUGGUGUUUGACCCGGGGGUGACACCACCAACUCAACUCGGGUGUGACUCAAGGUGGAUGAGUAUUCUCAGUGGAAAGGCAAAUGCAUUGAAAUGACGUUCUAAUUUGUCCCAGUAAAAAAAAAACGUACAAUAAACUAUUUUCUAGAUGACCAGAAACCACGACAGAGCGUCGCGAAGUGUAUUGCGUCAAAAUUCGUCUAUAAUUACAUAAAAGGGCAACUUCAAGCAAACUGUAACCUCAAACGGUUACGACGAUGUCCUCUCUCGGUGACGAUUGGGAAGCGUUCCCAUCAUUUGCUUGAGAUGAGCUGUGUAUGUGUGUUUCUGUCUGCGUUUCACCUUCCGCCCCUUUGUUGCUAUUCCCUGUGCCGUUUCCUUUAGCCGUUUCCUGCACCAAACCGAGAGUCGUAAUCUGCUGCCGUAGCUGUUCACUCUCUUUGAGCUGGAACUGUGGAGACAACACAAACCCCCGAGCACGCUCCCGGGAUGAGUGACGAACGUGUCGGCGUGAGUGCACGCGUUAAAAGGUGGCUUUGCGAUAACGCAACGCACAGCGCGCGCGGGACUCGGGCAGGCACAUGGUAAAUAUUGACAAACGGGUCGAUUGCCAAUCGGUCAGCGUCAGUGAUCAAGUGCAGCUGUGGUGUGCUAGUGGUGUUGAUGAAUUACAGUGCGCGGCUUCAUUCCUCGAUUCUGGGCUUCCGUGAGUGCGAGUGUGCGUGAUUGUUAGAGAAGCGUAAGAAAACGUGCCGAUCGUCAGCUGGAACGGUUGUGGCAGAGCUGCCAUCGCAAAAUUGUGUACCAAUAAAUAGUGGCGUUGUUUGUGCGAUUCAAAGUGCUCUAUUGCGUAAAUUGUCAGCCAAUCGUUUGGAUCCAUAGAAUGAGCGGCACAGAGAGAAUGAAAGAAAGAGAGAGAGAGAGACGAAGAGAGAAAGACAGAGAGAAGGAGCACAAGAAAGGUUGAGAGAGACAACCGCCAAACGGUUGAUUAGUCCCACGACAACGACAUGACAGUGACAGCAAAACAAUCAACUCGAUCAGCCAAACAAACACACAGACACACACAUACACACACACGCCUAGCGGCUCCCAUUUCAAUGGGGUUUGAGUUGGACGAUUGAAUGAAGGAGUGACGCGCAUCAGUUUGCGGCUUUCUGAUUAGCGAUUGGCAUCGGUGUUCGGCGUUAAGCGAACUGCGAAACGAUACUAUUAAACAAAUGACCCGGGCGACAGAUGGGACGCACACGAUUGAUCAAGGGAACGAUCAAACGAUCGAUUGAAAUGAGUAUGCUGUCUGUCGUUUGCGGCCACUGUGAGCUGAUUCAUUGUUGGGUCAAAGUAAAUGAAACAUAACGAAUUCCAUGCACAGAAGAACAGUUUCCAUUGUUCAAUAUUAGGAGCCAUUUCAUUGGGUUUUAUUAAGCAUGGCUUGUGAAAGUCUGUUACUUAUAUGACUUUUUAUAAUAUUGUACUGUCUUUUCGUAGUAUUCAGUUUGGUAUUUUCUCUCCCACCAUUGUUUUUCUUCUUCUCGUUUUACGUUUUAAAAUAGUGUUCUAGAGCUAAGAGUGAUUUUAUUCUUGGCAUACAUUGCAUCGCUAUUCAAGACAAUUCUUUGAAUUAUAACGUAACGUUAAUGAAAUGAAAUCCGAAAAAUAACGCUUUUAUUGUGUACAAAAAAAGGCGUAUUGAUGAAAAGUUUUAUUAAGAAUAAUAGAAAAACUUAACAUCAAUUUGUGUUAAAUUGUACGUUUGUACUGCAAAAGCAAACUAGCAGCAAUUUCGUAAGGAUUUCGCUAUGUCUUUGGGUGUAUCGAAGUCGGUUAAAAAUAGAGCGUUACAAUGCGUUUUACAUAUUGCAACCGUUAAAUUUUUCGUUACGAUGGUAUUUUUUGUGUCAGGAACUGGCCUUAUAAGAACGCAUAAAACGCAAAACAUGGAAAAAAUAUGUUUGUAAUAAUUUGUUUUAUGUAAAAAAUUGUCAUUUUACCAUAAUCAAUCGUGUCGGUUAACAUCAAUCAGGUCAGUCAACUAAUGAAGCAAAAUGUUCAAAUUCAUGCUAAGCAAUCAAGAACAAGUAAUGGACAGAGUAUUUACGAGUUUUACCAACGAGCUCUAUUUUUUACUAAUAUAAAAUGCUUGCGUCCUUUCUGUGUGUCUAGUUUCACCCACUGUGUACAACAAUGUAUUUACAGCGUCACUCGGUAGUAUUCAUAGCACUCGCGCCACUCAUGCAUUCUGCAGCAGUGAGAUCCAUCCCAGCGGAGAAAAUCACUCACCGGACAGCAACAUCACUCUAGCAUACUUUGAGUGGGCUACCAUUUUCCCCUAACUUGGCAUUUAUUUUCCUUUGUUUCCUUGCCAACAGUCCCGAGCAGCUGUGUUCUACUGCUCGCAUACACUCUUGCACAAAAACAAACCCACCAACCAAUAAAAAAAUACCUCCAAUACUCUAACUCUCUCGCUCUACUUUGCUCUCCAUUUUGCCCUCGCACUUGGAAGGGAAAAGCGGGAAAAGCCAGCCCUUUAGAGAGCGAACGGCGCCAACCCACACGCGAAAAUCUCACCUCGUUGCUCACCAAGUGCGCACACAGGCUGGAUCCACACACUAGCAUGGAGCUUACGGCUCGGGCCAGGUUAGACUCGUGACAGCUUCCGACCGAAACGGUGGUGGUUUGCACUGCUCGCCAAUGCUGUUAGGGUUUUCCGGUGUACUUGUGUACUGGUGGGCAGAAUUAUACAGUGCACAAUCGUUCUACCAUCCUUACCCAGCGUCGUCGUGGCCGUGUGUGCGGUUGUGAGUGUGUGUGUGUGUUUAAUGUGAGCAUUUAGCCCGUGGCAGACGCUUGCUGAACGACGGCCCUUUGCUCGGAUGAACGAGGUAAUACCGCGGCGGUUUUGGGCUGGUAAGCCACUGGCAAGCCAGCUGGCGUGUGGGAAGGAGGGUGCGUGUCUAGGCGCCGAUCCGAGGACGAGGUCAACCGUGCCGAAAUCCAUUGAUCCCCGGGCAAAGCCGUGUCGCGCAUAGUGUGCAAACCGAUCGCCCGUCGGGGCACGUGUGCUUAGGUUGUGUGUGGCUUUAGGUGUUUGUCUGUAGCAAAAAGGAGCCAACCUACGGUAGAAAAGUGAUAGUGUACACUUGUAACUUGGUGUGUUUGUGAUACAGUUCCCGGUCGGUUAAGCGUUUGCAAAUUGGAUGUGGCUGAAAAUUAAAGUGAUGGUUUAGCUCGCGGCGUGUGGUGUCGUUGUCGCCGUCAUUGUAGUGGCUGAAUGAUGAAACCGAAAGGCGAACCGAAGCUAACCGGGCUGAAAGGAAAGUGAUUUUCUGUGUACUUGAAAGCACCAAGCGGAAGCACAUCCUGUGUGCGUUCGAGAAACAAGAAGAAGCACCCAAAAUCGGAUCAACAUUAGGCGCCAUAAUCAUCACCGCUUCGCUAGCGGGGAUUUUCCUCAACAUCUUAAUUGGCGCUAAAAUACUAUUUGAUUGCGCCCAUCGUUCGACGUCCUCGUCGUGUGUCCGUGUUCGCUCUCAGUGUGAAAUCGGAGCCGUAGAUGGUUAACAUUUUUGUCGAUGCUCAAGUUAACGGUGUGCGUUUUUGUGCGUGGUGUAAUAGUAGCUUAAGGUGAAAGUGUCACACGUGUAAUGUGAACAAUUAAACGACGAUUUAGAGUGUGUGCGUGCGAUAUGGUACAUGGAGAGGUUCUGGCAUCCGCACUGGCGGAUGUAAUAGUAACCGUCCGGCCUGGUAUUUAGGCAAGCAGUAAAGCAGCACAUUUCACUCCCGUACCGCUCCAGCGGUAACCUCAGGAAGACAACGCCGAGUACGCUUGCUAUAGAGCCAUGGAAUCGACAGAGACACGCGAUUGGCCGCAGAAGAACGGCAGCAACAAUAUUGAUGGUCAUGGUGUUCAAUCGACGUCCGUCCCGUCCUCCGCGGUAGAUUCGUCCGACCCAGCUGAACAGCCGCUCAACAAUAAUGGCGACCGCAACGACAAUGGCACUGGUUGCUGUACCGUUCCGAAGCUGGGCUCGCCGCGUCCAUCGAGUCCGGCCGAAAAUGGCGAGAGUGCUAAUUGCACCCUAAUGCGCAGCAAUUCCCGUCCCUCGACGGACGAUGGCAAUCUGCUGUCGCCAAAUACGUCCCGGUCCAGCAUGUCCCAGUCCCAAUCGCCCACCCACCAUCAUCUGUCGCCGUCCCACCGGUCAGCGCCGGCCGACUCGCUCUGCUCGCUCGAGGAACUGGACGAGGUCGGUGCGUUUUUUGAGGAGCAUUCGGCCGCCAUCGAACGUUGGUUCCGUGAGCGGGCACCGAACGACGUCGUUGCCAAGCUGCAGUCAAUUACCGCCGGGGACACGUCCAAGUCACCAAAAUCGCCGCACCGCGCGUCGGUUACCUCGGACCUGUUCCAGCAAUGGCUGGCAUCGUCGCCGGUAAAGAAAUGCCGUUCGCCGACCUCCCGGAGCUCCAUCUCCAACCGCAGCCAUCUGGCCGACCUGGACGAGGGCGAACUGUUCAUGGAGCUGAUACGGGACGUGGCCAACGAGCUCGACAUCGACGUGCUGUGUCACAAGAUACUGGUCAACGUGGGCCUCCUGACGCAUGCCGACCGUGGUUCGCUGUUCCUGGUGAACGGACCGCCCUCGGGGAAGUAUCUGGUCGCCAAGCUGUUCGACGUAACGCAAAACACUCCACUAGACGAAGCCGUCCGGCGCGCCAAACAGGACGAAAUCAUCAUUCCGUUUGGCGUUGGCAUUGCCGGUACCGUCGCACAAACGAACGAAACCAUCAACAUCAAGGAAGCGUACAAGGAUCCGCGCUUCAACAGCGAAAUCGACCAAAAGACCGGCUACAAAACGAACAUCAUCCUGUCCAUGCCGAUCUGCAACUAUGAGGGGCAGGUGAUUGGGGUGGCGCAGAUCAUUAACAAAACCAAUGGAUCGCCCGAGUUUACCGAACGGGACGUGGAGAUAUUCCGUCGCUAUCUUACGUUCUGUGGCAUUGGCAUCCAGAAUGCACAGCUGUUUGAAAUGUCCGUCCAGGAGUACCGGCGCAAUCAGAUAUUGCUCAAUCUGGCCCGCAGCAUCUUCUCGGAGCAGAACAACCUGGAGUGCUUGGUGACGAAGAUUAUGACCGAGGCCCGCGAACUGCUCAAGUGCGAAAGGUGUGCCGUGUUUCUGCUCGAUCUCGACUGCGGCGAAGCGAACCAUCUCGAGCGGAUAUUGGAACGGCCGGAGAGAACUCAUCAAACCGUUUCGCGCCGCACCAGCCACAACGUGGACGUGGAGGAUGUGCUGCAGCAGCAGAACACGAUCUCGACCCGGUUCACGAUGAUAUUCGAGCUGGGCAGCAGUCAUCAAUCAUCGGCCAAUAUACUGCGACCGUCCGUGAGCGACCUGAACAGCUCCAUGCUGGCCCAGAUAGCGGAGUAUGUGGCUGCGACGGGCGAAACGCUCAACAUUAGCGACGUGCUCGAGUGGCUAAAGGAUAAGUCGAUCUGCCAGCGGCAAACGGUCGUACAGCAGGCCCCGGCAGCGGACGGUACGGUCGCUACGACCGACAGCUUCGACGAGACGCACAGUGUUAAAUCGAUACUGUGCAUGCCGAUCAUCAACGGUCAGAAGACGGUCAUCGGUGUCGCUCAACUAAUUAAUAAGCAAAAUGAUCUACAAUUUACCAACUGUGAUAUCUCCAUCUUCGAGGCGUUCGCCAUCUUCUGCGGGCUCGGCAUCCACAAUACGCAGAUGUACGAGAGUGCCUGCAAGCUGAUGGCCAAGCAGAAGGUCGCCCUCGAGUGUUUGUCGUACCAUGCAACCGCUAGUCAGGAUCAGACGCUGAAGCUGGUCAACGAUACCAUCCAAUCGGCCGAGGAGUACAAGCUGUAUAGUUUUAAGUUCAUCGACUUCGAUCUCGACGACGAUGACACAUGCCGGGCAGCGGUGCGGAUGUUUCUGCAAUGCAAUCUGGUUCAGCAAUUUCACAUUCCCUACGACGUCCUGUGCCGCUGGAUACUGAGCGUGCGGAAGAACUACCGUCCAGUGAAGUAUCACAACUGGCGCCACGCACUGAACGUGGCCCAGACCAUGUUUGCGAUGAUGAAAACCGGCAAGAUGGAACGCUUCAUGACGGAUUUGGAAAUUCUCGGCCUGCUCGUCGCCUGCCUCUGCCACGAUCUCGACCACCGGGGCACGAACAACGCAUUUCAAUCGAAAACCGACAGUCCGCUGGCCAUCCUGUACACGACCAGCACGAUGGAGCAUCACCAUUUCGAUCAGUGCGUCAUGAUACUAAAUUCCGAGGGUAACAACAUUUUCCAGGCACUGUCCCCGGAAGACUUUCGCACGGUGAUGAAAGUCGUCGAGACGGCCAUCCUGUCGACGGAUUUGGCGAUGUACUUCAAGAAGCGCAACCAGUUCCUGGAGCUGAUCGAGAACGGCGAGUUCGACUGGCAGAGCGAGGAGAAAAAAGAAAUCCUGUGCGGCAUGAUGAUGACGGCAUGCGAUGUGAGCGCCAUUGCGAAACCGUGGGAGGUUCAGCACCGGGUGGCCAAAUUAGUGGCGGACGAGUUUUUCGACCAAGGCGAUCUGGAGAAGCUACAGCUCAAUCAGCAACCCGUGGCGAUGAUGGAUCGCGAGCGCAAGGACGAGCUGCCCAAGAUGCAGGUCGGAUUCAUUGACGUCAUCUGUCUGCCGCUGUACAAGGUGCUGACGGAAGCGUUCCCCUGGAUCAGCCCACUGUACGAGGGUACGAUGGACAACCGACAGCACUGGCACGAUCUGGCCGAGAAGGUGGAGAUGGGGCUGACCUGGAUCGAUCACGACACGAUCGACAAACCGGUGGAGGAGUUUGCCGCUGGAAAGGAACCGUUAGCCGACAUCGAGUUCACGGUAACGACGCUCAACUGUGCCCACCCGGAAGACAAAACCGAAACGACGCCCGUGCACGAGCGGAAGCCACGCUUCAGCAGCCUGCGCAAGACGGGUGCGCUUGGGAAGGCCGUCCGCAACAAGCUCUCCAAAUCGGUGCACCACAAUGCGCCGGCCACCGGUAGCGAGCGACCAUCGUCGAUUAUUUCCCAGCCCGGCAGUACCAAGAGCGGCACGGACGACGGCAUGCCAACACCGGUCGGUGGCGAUCACCCUGUGGUGGCGGCUGGACUGGAGACUAAGGAUCACGGCACCGAUCAGCACCACGAACAAGCGAUGUCACACUCUGUCCCGGUGACACCGGCCAGCGGGAUGCCUCCGACACCGGUGCAGGACGGACCGGCGACACAGCCACCAAAGCAUCCCACCAAGCCGGUCAAGAAGCGCUCCAAGCUGUGCAUGCUGUUGUGACCCAAGUUUUACACCGACUCGUCGGAUGAUGCCGGCAGUGGCAGUGGAUCAGCCGCCGACAGGGAGAACGCCGUCUAGAGCGUAUGUGUGUUUGUGUGUGUGAGAGAGCCGCAACGGUGAAGACGUAAGCCAUUUAGCUCAGACGCCGUCCUCCCGGACUUGACCGUAUUGUAGCGUUGUUUUUCGUGUUGUAGCGAAGAAAAAAAAACACAUUCCGUAAACCAGCGGACCAGUCAUGGGAAUCUGGAAAGGGGAAGUGACUGGAGAGGAAGUAAAACGAAUAAUCGGAUCGCUUUUUGGUCACGCUGUUUUAGCAUACACGAUACAAAUUUUCGAACAACCCUGUUGAUGCGGGGCUGUUUGGACACAAGGCUGUUAGUUCAAUGUUGGUUCUUAGUCCUAGUUUUUCCUAGUGUGAAAUUUGUAAUAGUUACGCUGUAGUUAUAAAUAUGCUCAAAAGAAAAUCCCAAAGAGUGUAAGGGCGGUGGACAUGUCUGGGAGUGGUUUGCAAAGGAAGGACAAGGAGAGCUUCCCCAGCCGGCCCAACCGGAUAGGAUACAUCUAAUGGUCAAUUUAGGAAACUUACCAUACAUAACACCACCAGACAACGGUAGGACAGUAAAUUCUUUCCUGUCCUUACUUGUUAUGCAAAUGAGAAUAGGAAAGAGAAUGUGACGUGAAAAAAUUGAAGAAAAAAAAAACAUUCACACAACCCAACCUCCCACAGAAACCAAUUGGUGUUAGCAUCCGUGUGUGAGUGUCUGUUGCACUGUGUUGCAUGUUGAAUCCCGGGUCAGAGAAUGCAAAAACAAUCCCCCUCCUCCCUCUUCCCCAUCUGAAACAAACAUACAAAUGAACCGAGCCAGCGGUUUUCGGUCUGACAGGUUCUGGUGGCAGAACGAAAGUCCUAGUCAUUAGUGGUCGUUUCUAGCAUGCCAUGAUUUCGUAGAUAUUAAGCACUCAGUAUAAGUGUGUGUGAGAGAGAGAAAGAAAGAGAGAGAGAAUGAUAAGUACAGAAAGAGAGAUAGAGAGAAAAAGCUUACCACAUCCUUGGUGUACCGAAUUUUUGUCGGUGUAUUAGUGAUUGUGGUUGCUGUGGCAACACGAAUGUGACUGUGGUUCCCUUUUUCCCUGCAGCUUCUCUACCGGUUGUUGUGGGUUUCUGUGUGAAAAUUGAGACAGAGAGAGAGACAGAGAGAGAGAGAGAUCGUUUUGCGUUGUUAUUCGUUAAGCUACAACAGACCAUAGCAGAUAGAUGUUAGAGUACAUUGAAACCAAAGCAAAAGUCGGUGUAGUUUGCUGUGAGCCGCGAAAGAGACAAACUCCAAAAAUGGUAGAACAAAACAUUGUCCAUAAAAAGCACUGGACGGGAAUGUGUACCACUGCAAAGGUGGAAAACCGUCGCAGGACCAGACCGGCAAGUGAUGGUACGAUUAUCGCUGGCUUGUAAGCUGGAAAAGCUCGUUGCAUGGAAUCGUUACGCUGAUGAAAGCUUGCCGAUAAGAAUGUGAUGUGGGGAGACGGGCAGCGUAGCGGCGCCCCGUGCAGCCAACAAUCGUCCUUUAAUGCAGUCCCACCUAGUGGAAUGACACAAGCUCUUGUUUCCCCUAGCAAUACUACUAGCUCCGCACAUCGCGCUUUAUGCACUGGUGCUAUUGUUUUGUUUGCAGUUGUUGCGCUUUCUCGUCGUAAGGUUGAAAGCAUUUUAUGCUAAGAGAGGAACGAGAGGACGAACCAGCAAGGUGGUUGGUGACGCUUUUGUUAGUAUUUCUUAGUUUACCAUUUUACUUUUCUCGUUUUUGUUCGCAUUGUUCGCAUGAUCUGUUGUACAUUUCAGGUUUAAAUGCUUGGUUGUGCUCUGUUACGCGAGUGCUACUGAUUUUAGUAGAGCUUUUUUGAACGCAUUGUGCUAGUAGUUGGGUUUUCUACACCCGAAACAAUUCAAUCCAUUGUGUGGGAGAUAUGAAUGUGAAGUUUGGAGCAUGACUGUUAAGAAGAACAAGGUUAAAGUGUACGUUAAAGGGUGAAUCCAAAGCAUCUAUUGUUCUUUGUCGCUUGAUCGCUCCUGCAAAUUAUAAAACAAUCCACCAUGUAUCGUUGCGACUGAAAUUUGGAGACGUUUUGAAGCAAUUGUAUAGUUGAUCUAGGAUCUUCUUAGUAAAAAAAUACAGACAUGCCGGAAGCAUCAAACAUGUUAGUAGCAAGAAAAUAAAAAAAAAAAACAUGUUGCUACCCUCCCAAAGAUGGUUUGUUAGAAAGUUUUUCAGCUGGCUUAGCAGAUGAUGGUGCUGAUAGAAAAAUCAAUCUAAACCGUAUGAAACGGCAUGCUAAACAAAUCAGUAAUUAUUAAAUGCGCGGAAAAUAGUACACUUUGCAUGUUCCAAUAAUAAUUAGCUGCUAAAAGAACAAAAACAAAACAAAAAAACAAAUACCGUGUCUUUGAUGGUUAGAAACAUUUUUGUGAUUAUAUAUCGAUAUACUUUUUUGUGAUGCAGCAAACUUCAGUCCAUGCAUGGAGACAAGAGCGUACGAAAGGGUACGAAACACUCCUAUCGGCGAAAGGCAAGAGCAAUGGAGCGAAAGAGAGAGAAAAAAUAUUGUAAGCACUGAAUAA